AUGAGGCAACGACGAGCCAAGAUCUACCGCAAGAUGCUGCAGCAGUACUCGCUGCAGUUCGGCUUCCGCGAGCCAUAUCAGCUUCUCGUCGACGACACAUUCGCGCUCGCGCUGGCGCGGUACAAGAUCAGCGAUCCGCUCAACCAGUUUGGCAACGUGCUCCAGACGAAAAAAGUCAAGCCGCUCAUUACGCAGUGCUGCAUGGCGGCGCUCUACGCGCUCGGCAAGGAGCACCAGCCGACGGUUGAGAUGGCCAAGGCGUGGGAGCGUCGUAUGUGCAACCACCGUGAAGCCAUCGCGCCGACGGAGUGCAUUAAGCAAUGCAUUGGACCGGAAAACAAGCAUCGCUACAUCGUCGCGUCGGAACAGGCAGAGCUGCGUCGCGAUCUAAGGCUGAACGUGCCAGCACUGCCGCUGAUGCACUUUACACAGGCCGUGAUCGUGCUGGAGCCUAUGUCGCCGCUCACGCGCAAUAGGAUCGACGACAAGGAGGAGGACAAGCUCAACCUGCCCGCGAGCGAGGCGGGCCUGCUCAAGUCCAAGCCCGAUGUCGAUGUGGACAUUGUCGGUGCCGAAGCGACCGAAGAGGGAAAGGAGGAGAAGGAGGGUGGUGCAAGGAGGAGGAAGAGGAAGGCACCUAAUCCGCUGUCGGUGCGAAAGGCCAAGAACCCAAAGCUCACAAUGGAGCAAAAGCUGCAGAGGGAACAGGAGCUCAAGAAGCAAAAACAGCGUGCAGCCGCCCGUGCGCGCUUGCAGGCGACGAACCCCGAAGCGGCAAAGCUCGCCGAUGAAAAGUCGCCAGCAAGAAGGAAGCGUAAGCGCACUGCCCGACCCGCCUCCACCGCCGUGACUUCCACUGCUGCUGAUGCUGAGGCUGCACCCACCUCCAAGCCCACCUCGGCGACGGAUGCAGGCACCGAGCCAGCAGCCAAGAAGAGGCGCCCGCGCACAAAACGUUCCCCCACCACCGCCCCCACACAACCCACUGCUUCCGCACCAGCAUCCGAGUAA